AUGCGGUUUGUAAAGGAUCCUUGUGGAAUUGCUUGUUUAAUCAUAACAUAUUUAAUGGUGGUUUAUGCGGACUAUGUAGUGAUGCGGUGGAUAAUUCUCCAGACGAUGCAGACGAGUAUAUGGGGUCCGAUACACGUCAUUUUCUUCAAUACAGUAGUUUUUUUGCUUGCGCUGUCCCACUUAAAGGCGGUUUUGUCAGACCCGGGGACAGUGCCCUUACCGGUCAAUCGUUUGGAUUUCUCUGACUUACAUACUGUGGGAAAGAACAACGGCAACAGUCAUAAUGACUGGACAGUUUGUACGAGAUGCGAGACUUACAGGCCGCCGCGAGCACACCAUUGCCGCAUUUGCAAGCGAUGCAUUCGACGAAUGGAUCAUCAUUGCCCAUGGAUAAACAAUUGUGUUGGCGAACGUAACCAAAAGUUCUUUCUUCAGUUUCUUGUAUAUGUGGGAAUGUUGGCAUUGUACUCCAUCGCAUUGGUGGUUGGCUCAUGGAUUUACCCUUGUGCAGAUUGCGAAUCAGAUACUCUAGAAGCACAAACAAGACUAUUGCACAGUGUCAUUUUGUUGCUGGAGUCAGCUCUAUUUGGUCUAUUCGUUUUGGCUAUAAUGGUGGACCAAAUGCACGCCAUUUUGCAUGACGAGACAGCAGUGGAACAGGCCCAACAGAAGGGGUCGUACAGACCUAACAGGCGUAAAAUUUACCUUCUCGCGGAUGUUUUUGGUAGAGGACAUCCCAUGUGCUGGCUUUGUCCAUGUACGAGUUUUUCAUCAUCGUCCUCGUUACGCUAUUAUGAUACACCCCUUCUAAGUCAUGACGUAUAAGUUUGGGUGGUCUCAGCAUUUA